GGCUGACGGUGCCUCCAUCAUGAGCCGGUUUACACGACCCUCCUUCAACCUCCCUCCACAUGCUCUGACGUCACACCUCUAAAUAGGGUCGUCCGCGGUGCCGAGUUCUCCACUUGCGCUCGGAGCAGCUGCGGAGCGCAUCCAAGAAAAGAAAUUCCAGAGGUGAACCUGAGCCCGGACUGACUCCACGCUCACUUGCGCCAUCGUCUCCUUUCCUUUCCCCCCUCCACUGUCCACAUCUGCUCCGUUUCUAUGUGUCACCAAGAGGAAGCCGGACCUUUUGUACUUCUUCUUUUUGAGCGCACUCACGCCCGCCUGUCCGAGUUAUAACUGAAUAAAGGUUUAAAAUGAACGAAGGAUUGGAAAACUUCACUCAACUCUAUGACAACUGGACUUAUUUCAACUCCUCCGGGGAGCCUUCGCCAUCCAGGAGCAACAUCACCUAUGUUGGAUUUUACCUCCACCAGCCCUCCACCGCCGCCAUCUUCAUCGUGUCCUAUCUGCUGAUUUUCCUUGUGUGCAUGGUGGGGAAUGGAGUGGUGUGCUUUAUCGUGCUGCGGAGCAAGAACAUGCGGACGGUCACCAACUUGUUCAUUCUGAACUUGGCUGUCAGCGACCUGCUGGUGGGGAUCUUCUGCAUGCCCACAACGCUGCUGGACAACAUCAUUACAGGAUGGCCUUUUGGAAGUCUCGUCUGCAAAUUAAGCGGAAUGGUUCAAGGGAUCUCGGUGUCAGCUUCUGUCUUCACGCUGGUUGCCAUCGCCGUUGACAGGUUCCGAUGCAUCGUCUACCCGUUCAAGCAAAAGCUGACAAUUCCCACGGCGACAUUGAUAAUAGUUGUCAUCUGGGUUCUCGCCAUUUCCAUCAUGUGUCCAUCUGGAGUGAUGCUUCAGGUGACCAAGGAGCAGACGGUCCAGGUUCUGCUGGGCUAUGACAACAAGACAAGCCCUUUUUACUGGUGCAGAGAGAACUGGCCCAACCAGGAUAUGCGGAAGAUUUACACCACUGUACUGUUUGCAAACAUCUACCUUGCACCGCUUUCGCUCAUCGUGAUCAUGUAUGCGCGGAUCGGCAUCACUCUUUUCAAGACAGCAGUCCCCAGUGCCGGUAAGCCUGGGCAGGAGAACCGCCACAGCGUGUCAAAGAAGAAGCAGAGGGUGAUCAAGAUGCUGCUCAUCGUGGCGCUGCUUUUCAUCCUCUCCUGGCUUCCUCUGUGGACCCUCAUGAUGCUGAGCGACUACGCCAGCUUGACUGAUCAACAAUACAGGAUCAUCAACAUUUACAUUUACCCCUUUGCCCAUUGGCUAGCCUUCUUCAACAGCAGCGUCAACCCCAUCAUAUACGGGUUCUUCAAUGAGAAUUUCCGCCGAGGAUUUCAGUCGGUUUUUAAGUUCAGCCCGUGCACGGUGGAUGGACAUCGGAGGAUAACCUACUCUCACAGGCUGCAGGGGAACUCGGUGCUUCCGGCUAAUAACGCACAAACCUCGCUGGAGCCCAUUUCUCUCAAUAGCCUGGAGAAGAAUUCUGCAAGGCGACUCAACCAUGCGACAGAGCAGAACAUGGUGAUGGAAGACAUUGAAAAAGGCUCUUGCAGUAGUGGAGGCGUGACUGCUGUGUCUAUUUGAUGAUGCAGAACACACUGAAUCGUAAAAGAAAGUGAGCUUAUAAAACAUGACUGGAAGUAUCAAUCAGUGCAGGUAGCUACCUCAGCGUUUCCUCCUCUCAGAUUCCAGUUGAAAGGAGAGUUGAAAGCGCAACUCAUAAUAACAAUUGGCCUGUCACCAACUGGUAGUGAUAGAUUUGUUAGCAACAGUGGUGACACACGGUUCUGUAUUCCUAUGAUAUGAAGUGCAAAACACGCAUGUCGCGUGACGUCAAAAAAGCAGAUUUCAGAAGUCGGAUUCAAAACUCAACUUUCACAUCACACGCAAAUGAAGCUGUCAGAGGGCACAGCCAGAUUAGUCAGUACAGUAUACUGCAUUACUUCAACAGCAUGCUGGAUACAUUCUAUUGGAAGUUAAAUCAGCUGACACUCAUCGAGAUGACUUGGAGUUUAUGCCCUUCAUAGGGCACCAUACGUGGUCACUGGGGCAAAAUCCAUUCCAUUCACUGCACUGAGUUUCAAAAGUUUGGGGAACUUAAAUGUGAUUAGAUUGUGAUAGCAAAAUGAAAUUUGGCUGGCAAAAACACAACAUACUAACAAAAAACAAAACCCAUAAAUAUCAUUGUUGUAUUCAGAAGAGACAACAAAAGAUGAGCCAUUUUUUCUGAAAUCUGCUUUGCAUACUGUAAAUUAAUGAGCUGCUAUAAUAAAUGAAACCAUAACUGGAUCACAAGCCUCUUAUGAAUGUCAGUGUAAAUCCUAGAUAGAGUUGUUUCUCAUGUUUUUGUUUUGUUUUUCUGUGUCGUACAGGUGCUAGAAAAUAAUCUCUCUGACGUCCAUUACCCAUCCAAAAUGUGAACCUGCAGCUACGCAACUAGUGCAAUUGUGCGGUCAUUUACAUGGACAAAACAAGUUGAAAAAAAAUAGUGUCUAAAUUGUGUUAUUGAUGUUAUUGUGUUCACGUUUCAUACAACAUGUAAAUGUGCAAUUUCUGUUCAUGUGCCUUCAAACUACGGUUCAACAACCCAGCAAAUAUAAGCGUUUUCUUUGCUUUUCAAAAACAUAAUUCACAAAGUAAGCAGACUCAAUCCUCACGGAUAUUGAAGACCCAAUCAUACGCCAACUGAUGUAAUAUAAUAUCAACAUUUUUCUGUGAAGAAGUACCAGAAUAUAAUCCCUCAUCGUUUCAAGCAGGUCAUGGCACAGCUAGGUAGCUUUACAGCUGGCAGAAAUUCAAGUAAGCUUCUCAUACGCUCAUGUAAGUUAACUUCAAAAGCACGUAGCAGACUCGUGUGCAGGAGGACAAGAAUAUGAAGAAUAACGUUUUUUUUUUUUGGUUUUCUUUGUGCGCAAGAGCCGUUCGACCGUGCCGUGUUUUGGCAAUUACUAAACAGAACAGGAUUGUUUCCCAGGUCAGAGUGUGUCACGUCUCUUCUCUCUGAGUGCAGAGAUGAGUGGCUGUGAGAACAGGAGGAAUGAGGCCCACUGCCACCCUGCCCCGCUUCAUUACUCGCCCUUGCUGAGAUGUCUCCAUAGUUCACACCCAGACUGAGUUUAUGGUCUGGUUGACUGACACUCGGAUAAAUCCGCUUACAGUACACACCAUAACAGAAGUAGAUGUUUAUGAGCUGCAGAUCAUUCUGGAGUCGGCAUCAGGAGCCAUGACAGAGCAGGCUUGGUGAGGUGUCUCUGAACGCUCUCUGAAGCUUAUUUCAAUCCCUCUGAUGAAGCACAUUGUUGUUGACUCAAAGUGAGCAAGAAUGCCCCGCAGUUCAUUUUAUCAUUUCACAUUGCUUUCAGCUGUAGAAACCAGUGUUUUAAAUGAGGCCUAUUAGUCGUACAAGUGGAAUAGCUCUAUCGUAAUUUCCGGACUAUUCACUGCUACUUUUUUCUUGCGGUCCGAACCCUGCGGCUUAUACAACACCGCUGAUAUAUGGAUUUUUACAGGCUAAAGAGCGUCAUGCUGCCAAAAUAUUGAGCCACGUCACAUCAAACCAAUGAAAUCACAGGUGUUUUAUGGACCUGAAAGCGCACAAAAUGCGCUCUUUUCACACGCGUGUCACGGCACCGCCAACAGAGCCAAUCUCCUUGAGGACAGGAGCUGAGAAGCAACAGCUGAGACUGGCUGUGGUGCCGGACAUGUGUGUUUUGAGUGCUUUUUUGUCAAUAAACAAUAGAUGUGAGGACUUCAUGAUUCAAGUUCAGAACAUUGCCAAGUUUGUUUCAUGAGUCAGUCUCCAUUCCAGACCCAGUUUUCAAAACUAGUUUAGAACUGAUUCUCAUGUAUUUUUAAACCUUGGUGCAUCACUGACCUUUCUACGUGGCAGACAGCACCACUGCACCUGCGGCUUAUAGACUGGUGCGGCUUAUGUAUGAACAAGAUCUAUUUUCCUUCCUAAAUUUACUGGAUACGGCUGAUAUUUUGGUUCAGAUCAGAUUAUGACCGUAAACACAAGUGCAAAGUCAUACAGUACACAUGGAAAUAUAGAAGAAACAACUGUAGCACAAAAAGGAUGAGGAAAGGGGAAUUAUGGAUCAAUGGCAACAAAAGAAAUUCUUGCCAGAAUAGACAUGGAAACUCAAAACUGGAAAAUAAAUUGAUCAAUGCAAUUCAUUCGAGAGUAUUUCAUGUUUCAUAUUUUUCCAAAUUUAAAUUCUUUGUGUUAUAGGUUGUAUUAUGUCUCAUUUUACUAUUUUACAACCAGAACAAAACACAGCUUCAAACUUUGAGGCCACAACAUGAACUUCCAUUUAUAUUUCAAUAGAAUAAUCACGCUCAUGUACGACUUCAAAACUCCUAUGUUUGCCACAAAUAAAAAUGAAGAUUAGACACUCUUUUCUGAAUGUAACAACUUUGUAUUUAAUGUGCCUGUAAUUUACAACAAAAAAAAUGGAAACAAAAAAGUUCUGCUUCAGUGUUUUAAGACGUGUUGGUCGGUUUUUAUCUCAGUGGCGUCUGCAUGCAAAUAUCUGUCGUGAGUGCUCUUUCUGUGUCUAUUGAAUAAGAAAAACAACACCUUGGUAAAAAUGUCAGGACACUGCGGGAGGUUGCUCCCAGACAAGGAAGAGAUUUGAAAUCUUACAAUGCAAACUUUAUAGUGUCCUUUUUAAUUUGUGAAGGGCUACUUUCCAUCACACCGUCUGUGACCGUAACUUUUUGAUUGUCAGCACGAAAAGAGGAUUUGCCAGAUGGCGCUUUGAUGAUGUAAUCUCCUGUAAAUAUGUUUCAAGAGAAUUCAUAAGUAUGUGAUACGACAAACUGCUGUGCCUCGAGGGGGCGGGGACAAACUCCUUAAAUGGAAGUCAAGGUCUAUUUGUCCAUGCAUUGUUGAGUUCAUUCAAUAUGAAAACAACAACACAAAUUCUUCAAAAAAAAUGAAAUGAAUGCAAUUUAAUUAUUUUCAGGUUCCGAUUUUUUUCUCCUAUUUUAAGAUAGGAUUUAACUAGGAUUACAAACCAUACUUAUCACUUCAACACUAGUGCUAAAACUAAACAAGACUUUGGUGUUACCCUGUGACACCGUCCACUGUGUCCUCAACUCUUCUUACAGGUGGGAUUGGCUCAGCCCAUGGAGUGACUUGAGUUAACUUGAGUGAACUUUUUGUGACUUCUGAAUUUUCCCUUAAAACCCCCCACAAAUAAUCUAGCUCUUUAUUUUUAAUUCUGUCAAUUCAAUUCCCUGUUGAGAGAUCAAAUUGCACUGCUGGACCCCACGUUUGGUCUCAUUGUUUUUCAAUUAAAAAGGCACAUACAGGGUUGCAACUUGACAACAGUAUUGAUUUGGGUAUUCGACAACUCUUUGGAGUAAACAAAAAUAAUGUUUUUCAAAUUGUAAAAAAAUCUGUUUAUCUUUCUUAUCUGUCUGUGAUUUAUACUUAGCUACCUUUAUUUUGUCUGCAACAAUAAACCUCAAAAUUCCUCAUCCUGAGCCUUUUUUGCCAGAAUAAUUUUGGUGUUGUAUGGCAUUCAAUUGGACUUGGCUCUUCUCUCUAUAUUCCUUUAAAAUAGUUUGUUUAGUUACAAAGAUAUUUUACAUCUGCCAUAGCCUACUUCUCUCAUUGUAAUUGUUCCCAAACUCCAUGUAUUUGGUGGCAGAUGUUUACUGAUACUCAGGCUCAGAAGGGAAAACGUUAAGGAGAUGUGAAAGCUAAGCACAAUGAGAUGUGUGGAAACGUCCAGUGUUGAAUACAUCUAUCACCGGUAUGUUACAGCCAUCGACCAAAGAACUCCGUUGUAGCCAUGUCAGCCACUCAGUUGAUUCGUAUCGGGCUUUAAACCAAGAACUGAAUUAUCCAUAGCACUUUAUUUUUCUGAAUAAAACAAACCACACCACAUAAACGCUCGUAUCACAGCAGCUGGAAUGUUCGUGCAUUCUGACUAACUAGAUCAUUAUCGCCAACCAUUGUCGCAUUGUGAGCUGCUUUUAGUUUCCUUUCUGAAGAAGAUGAGUCCAGAAGGAUUUGUUUAAAAAAGGAACAGAAAUGCCUUUUUUCAAUGAUGUUUGAAAAUUGUUUGAAUUGUUUUCAAAACUGUCAUUUUGUGGAGAAUAAAACCGUAGCAAACCCUUAUUUAUUGAUGAUCGUCAAAUGUCUCAUUUUUCAUAUGUAUUUCAUGUAGAACUUAGAGCUUGCUACGCUGUCAAAAUGACAAACAUAAUAAAAACUAAAUUGGUGUUCAUUUGUUGUUCGUUCAGACAAAUUUGUUGUGGCUGUUUCCUGUGCUGCAUUAAGUCACCCUUCAUCCUACAUUCCCUCUGAAGGAUUUACAUAGACAGAUAUUUAUAUUUCUAAACUGUUAUACAUAUAAUUAAUAAAUCCUUUAAAGUGACAAUCCUGGCCCUUCAAACCAAAUCCGGAGGUCUCUGCUGAAAUGGAAUUUGAAAUUUGGGUUAAGAAAUCCUUCCUGAAUAAUAAUAAUAAUAAUAAUAAUAAUAAUAAUAAUAAUAAUAAUAAUAAUAAUAAUAAUGUCAGCAUUCUUAAGAUCCAUUGUCUUUUUUAUCUUUCAUUCAUGAACUUUUCAUCCUAUAUUUGGAAAAGAUUCAGUAAACAUAACAUUAUGACUGUCUCUCAUGUUAUUCCACCGAAAAGAUUUAAUGGAGAAUUCUGGCUCAGACAAUAUGUACCAUGAAAGUUGUAUUUCAUGUUUUGUGAAAUCCCCUGCUGAGCAAAUGUGUUGUCGGUCAUCGACUCAGAGGAAAGAUCUGUUUAUUUGUCCUGAACAUGAAUUU